AUGCCAGACCCAGCUCAGUGUGAGGCUGCCCUGGAAAAGGUGCCUAAGGCUCAGAGGAAGGACCACAAGAAAGGCCAGUGCAGCCACAAGGAGACCUACUCUUUAUACGUGCACAAGAAGCUCAAGCAGGUUCACCCAGACUACUUGGUCUACCACACUUUUGAGCUCAUCUCCCGACAGGUGUCUCACCUGGAACAUUCCAAGAAGCACUCCACCUUCACGGCCAGAGACAUCCAGACUGCCAUGUGCCUGCUGCUGACUGGAGAGCUGACCAAGCACGCCUUGGCCGAGAGCAUCAAGGCCUUUUCCUGCUACACCAGCUCCAAGUAG